CAUCAACAGCGUCAGCAUCAGCAACCGUCCAUCAGCAUCCCGAGCGAGACGAUGCCGCGCGCAGGGCUCCGCCAACACCCGUGCACAAACUUCACUGAGAUCCUGCAAAGCAGUGUCGACGGAAGAAGAGCAGAUGAUAGAGAUCUGUCCUGAGGAAUCCUUGUAAUUGUGCCGUUACGAGGUGUCGGUCCUCACCCAUGUCCCACUCUGCGAGCCGAAAGCCAUCUGCUGGUUCCCGCAGAAGGCCUGCUGCCCCAAGCAGCACUCGACACUCGCAUGGGGACUCGUCUGUCCGUAGCAGUUACUCAGCAGUAUCCUGCAAAUGCACAGAGAGCAACACUGUACCACGCUCCAACCCAGCCACACCACGACGGCAGACAAAGUAUGCCACCUGUAGUGAGAACCACGGGAUCCGUCCGCCGGCUCCUGAGCAGUAUCUCACCCCACUGCAGCAGAAGGAAGUGUGCAUUCGUCACUUACGAGCUCGGCUGAAAGAAAACGUGGAGAGGCUUCAGGACAGAGACUCUGUGAUCGAGGAGUUACGGAUGCAGCUGACUCGGAUGCAGGAGGAUUGGAUUGAAGAGGAAUGUCAUCGCAUAGAGGCCCAGUUGGCCCUAAAAGAGGCCCGGAAGGAGAUCCGGCAGCUUCAGCAGGCUGUGGAAACUGUUAGCUCCAAUCUGGGGACCCAUGAGGCAGAACAACAGGACUGUAAGUCUGAAGGUCUAGGCGUCGGAAGGAUAGGCCCACGAUUUAGAGCAUCCAGGUCUUGUGGCUGCUCUCCGGCCCACACCAUGAACCGCAGCGCCACCUUCACCAGGCUAAGCAGUGACACGUCACCUGGCGCUACAGAUCGCAAUGGAAACAUACGCUCUGAUCGCUACAUCCCGGCCAAUAGAGGGGCGAUGACAUUACCAAGAGGGGACGGGCGUACUCAUCUACUUCUGGAAGCAGCUCUACUGUCUGAGCAAGUCCCUCACGCAACGCUACGCUCCUCUCUGUCACGAUCCUCCACCUGUGAGAGAUUGUGCAGCGGAGAGGCGGUGUUGCCCGUCGGCCGAUCCUGCCAUGCCGUUAACAACAACUGCAGCUGUAUUCCACAUGCCUACCUCCCACACCACCAUUUGUUUCUGCACCUCCCACAGGAGGAAGCACCACCUCCACCUCCUCCACCACCAGCGCCCCCUAGUGCAUCGGAGGUCAGUGACAGGCCAGGGUACCGCUCACAGGCCUGUAGCCCCACCAUAACCUGGAUCUCUGAAGAGGGCGGAGGUGAGGAAUUGAGCAUCAUCACUUCAGCAACUUGUGCACCAGACACUACUAUAGCUGAACCACAGGUGUUCACACCAUCCUCUGCAACUACUUCCCCUGCUCAGCUGUCUUGCAUCACAGAAACUUUGCCGCUAGACAGCACAGUUGAAUUCUCAUCAUCAACAACAAUGGCGACAGUGUUGACGAAGCCACAGGUUCAACAACCUUGUCCCAGAGUGCCCCCACCACAGGAAGCAGCGGUAGUAACGGUCAGCGAUGAAGAUGGAGUGGAGGAGGAUGCAGAAUCAGCUCCCCCUCAGAGGAGCCACUGGAGCCGUUAUUUCCUGAUUGACCUCUUAGCGGUGGCCGUUCCUGUAGUUCCCACACUGGCGUGGCUUUGCCGGGGAUCACGGAAUGAAGGCAUGCCGGUGUAUAACAUGGGCUCCCUGUUGCGCGGCUGCUGUGCCGUUGCUCUGCACUCUCUAAGACGGGUUGGAAGUCCCUCAGGAACAGGAAGAGCUGAUAUCUGAUAGCUAGCAUUACUGUUCCAUCAAAAGCUUGUAACUGCAUCUUGAGUGGGGUUAUUUGUCCUUUAUCUACCAGUUUGGGAUUUGUAUUUAUUUAUUUUUGAACCAAAGAGGUCGAAAUCCAUCACACCAAUGCUUGUUAGGGACAAAGAUUGAGGGAAUGUGGCUCUGAUUUGCACAGACACUCACGAGGUUUAAGGGUGUUGGUUCAUUUCCACCAUUUGUUUUCCUUUUCCUUCUGGUUCUCUUAUCUGCUGUAUUUCCGCCCAUUCCUGGCUGAAAGUACACAGUCAAAAGUAGCUGCAAACACGAGUCCGAGCUGAGCAGAGAAGUCACAAUGGACAGAAGUUUAGGCCUUAAGAUUUAAAUAAUAAUAAUUGAAUGUCUCUAAAUGUUAUUCUUAUGUUAACUGUUCUACUGAACUGAACUCAUUGUUCUAGUUUCAUGAGUGAAGCCUGCUCUCAAGAAAAAAAAUUGCACGUAACUUUAGGUAGGUUACAUAGACAUUGGUGUGAACUGAUCUUCAUGAGAAGAGGACAUUUCACGUCCAUAGCGCAAACAAAUAAGUGUGGCCAGGCUUUCAAAUUUUAAACCUUUACAUACCAUUUACAUAUCCAUCUAAUUCCAUAAGAAACAGAACUUUUCACAAUAUAAACACAAAAUUCCAUUUAAGUGUGAAAAUAAAUUAAAUGGUAAAUGCGCAAGAAGCAAUAGGCAUCUGGCAACUUUGCUGCUUGGAUCUCUAAAAAACAUGCACAAGUCACUAUUAUAUCAUAAAACAUUGAUCCUAUAAGCUGAAAAUAUCUUUACUAAUGUGGAGUGUUAAGGAUAACUAUUCUGAUGUAAUUCUAGACUCAAUUUAUGUGUCAAUUGUUGUAUCGGUUACACAACAGUGUAUUCUUAAUAUGAGCAAAAAGAAACUGCUUUAAUAUGCUUCAUUUGCUUAAUUAUUUGAAUUGUAGAAAAUAUUGAUCAAAUGCCAGAUUUCUCUGAGCAAGCGAUGGAAGGUGAGGCCUAAGAUGACUUUAUUCAUCUGUCCUUUGUUUGGGUGGUAGAUGUUUCUGUUCAUUAAACUCAGUCUCAGGUGGAACUCAGGUGAAUAGUACUAGAGAGGAUGUAAUCUUAGCGGAAACCUUAGAAAAACAAAGGUUUAUAAAUAGUAGAACGGUAGUUGUGAAGAUGUACAUUUACUGUCAUAAAAGGCUUGUCUUUAAAUCUCGAAAUAUUUCAACACACCACUCAGAAAACAAAUGGGUCUUUAACUGUUGCAUGCAUACAGAUUUCAGUAAACUAUUAGGAAAAUAUUUGCAAUUAAUUCAUGGAUUUGUAAAGCUAAGUCUUCUGUUUCUUUGAAGUAGCACAAAAGAAAAAAACUCUGCAAUCAUGGCAUUCCAGUAGACUAUUUUAAGGGCUUCAAAUGCAUGUUAGCACAAUUACUCCUAGUUAGCUAGCUAUCAGGAAACUUAAAGAUUCGGUUUCAAAUAGACAUUUACAUAAAGAACUCAUCCUGAUUUGCAGAGCCUUAUUACAAAAUAUGAUUGUGUAUAUAGACAAAGCCCAUUAACACUCAAACCUUACUGUAAAUGUGGAUUGUAUGAUUCAAUCGCCCCUUGAAAAUAAAAAUGUUUUCUUAAAAUGA